AUGACCAUCCUCACCGUCUUCCCUCUCGGCGGCCUCCUCCUCCUCCUAUCAUGCAUCACUCUCACCGGAACCAUCAUCGCCCUCGUUGUCGCCACGCCGCUGUUCGUCAUCUUCAGCCCUGUUUUGGUCCCAGCUGUGGUGGCCCUCGCCUUGGCUGUCACAGGGUUGUUGACGUCUGGCGCGUUCGGAGUCACUGCGCUUUCUUCGCUGGCGUGGUUGGUUAAGUACCUGCGGCGGGGAGGGCGGGAUGGCGGUGGUCAUGCGGCGGAGAUGGGUAAGCGGCGCGUGCGGGACACUGCUGGAUAUGGUGGUCGUAGGAGUUGA